AUGUUGCUUUGUUCCUGUCUUUUGUUGCCGCUGGACUGCAAAAAUCCAAUUGACGCAGAUGCGGUCAUCGACAAAAUUCACCCGCUUAAGGACGUAGACGGGCUGACUAGAGAAAAUGCUGGUCGUUUGAUGCGUGGCGAGUUGCAGCGCACAAUCAUCCCGUGUACGCCAAAUGGAUGCUUGUAUCUUGUCCAAAAAGCAACAGGUGAUCCGGACUAUGUGCGCGGUAAGAAUGUUGUGGUGCUGGGCCGCUCGAAGAUCGUUGGCUCGCCCGCUGCAGCUCUCUUUAUGUGGCACCACGGAACAACCACAAUUUGCCACUCGAGAACUCAGGAUAUCAAGGAACACUGUCGCAGGGCUGAUAUUCUCAUCGUAGCUAUAGGAAAGAAACAGUUUGUGAAA